AUGAUUACGCAUGCUACGAAAACACAUGAGGAGCUAGCGAGCUCUCAGCAGAAUGUCUCGCCACCCAGCACAAGACCUAUCCGCCAGCAGCGUUUCCAUGAAAAGGUACUCAUUUUCUCUACUCUUGAUAACGCAAAGGAAUAUGAACCAUGGAAGAAGUAUUUCUUUACUGGUAUUGUCUCCCUCGCUGCGGUCGCUGCACCACUUCAGAGCAAUAUGUUAUUGCCCGCACUAUCAGAAAUCGCAGCAUACUUUCACACCUCUCGGUCGCUUGUAAAUCUUUCCGUCGCAUUCUAUAUCUUAUCCAUGGGUAUCAUCCCACUCUGGUGGUCGGUGAUCUCAGAGCUCUACGGACGGCGUCCGGUUUACCUCAUAUCUUUUGCCAUUUUCCUGGUGUGGAACAUCGUUUCGGCGGAGAGCACUUCCCUCAGCAUGCUGAUCGUCAUGCGCGUUCUAUGUGGAGGCGCAUCGGCAUCUGUACAAGCAGUUGGGGCGGGAACCGUGGCCGACCUCUGGGAGGUUGAGCGGCGUGGGCAAGCCAUGGGCUACUUUUUCUUAGGUCCAAUGGUCGGUCCGCUCAUAUCUCCCAUCCUGGGAGGCAUCUUGACCGAAAAGCUUGGCUGGCGGGCUACUCAGUGGGCCACUGUAGUAUACGGUGCCAUUGUUUGGCUUCUUAUCCUCUUUUGCCUUCCCGAGACCUCAUUCGCUCGCAAAUCUUUGACUCGUGAACAGUCGCCCGACGCAAGUCCCAACGAUGUCAAUGAAAGCUUCACGAUAAUUCGCCGUAUUUGUCGCAUCUUCCUCGAGCCGUUUAAGGUCCUAACCUACCUGCAAUUCCCCCCAGUCCUCCUCACAGUCUACUACGCCAGCAGCACGUUUGCCUGCUAUUACGCGGUCAGCAUUACCCUACAGACCAUGUUUUCCGACGCCCCGUACUUCUUUUCACCGAUCAUCGUCGGCCUUGUCUACAUUCCUUGUGCCCUAGGUUCGAUUACGGCGUCGCUUUUGGGCGGCCGGUGGACCGACCAUAUCAUGCGGCGACGGGCUAAAUCAUCUGGUCGAUUUAAUGUGGAGACCGGCCAGAUCACGUAUCUCCCAGGAGAUCGAAUGGGAGAGAAUGCGUGGCUUGCCUCCUUAGUGUACCCGGCGGCGAGUCUAUGGUUUGGCUGGACUAUUGACAAGGGUGUCUUCUGGCUAUGUCCGUGUAUUGCGACAUUUUUCUUCGGUCUUGGAAGCAGCACGAUCUUCAGCAUGACGUCGACAAUGCUGACUGAAUUAUUGCCAGGAAGGACCAGCACCGGUGUGGCUUUGAACAACGUGCUGCGCAAUACCCUUGCGUGCAUAGUCGUGGUGGUCAUGCAACCUUUGAUCACUGCCAUUGGACCCGGUUGGAUCUUUACUGGAUUGGCGAUCAUCGGCUGGGCAAAUAUCGGAAUCAUCUGGUCAUUUAAAAGUAAUGCGGUCAAAUGGGCCGAGGCUAUGGAGACUAAGCUAUCUCAUAGAUAA